AUGCCUCCAAGAAAGCUCCUUAAAACUACAAAAGGAGAUGAAAAUAUGCACAGUAACACUAAGCUCACAAGCUCUAGAAAUAUUAAAGGAAAACACGAUCCCAAAGAAAGUACAGAUAAUACAGAACCUGAAAUAGAUCCGAUGGUAUUGAUUGAAGAAAUGCUAAAAGAAAGUAAUGAAAAGAUUUUAGCAGCAUUACAACAAAGACAGGAAAAUCUUUCGCAAACACUUGCAAGUAUUGAUACUUCAUCUUCAUCUCCUCCGAAAAACACUAAGAAAUAA